CACUAAAUAGAAUUCGUAUACAUAAAUAAAGUUCUUUCAAAGCUAUUUAAUCAAAUAUAAAACAAAUAUGUCUUAUUUUUAAAUAGCUGCAAUCCUAAGCAAUAUCAUAUUUUUUGUAAGUACAUAGGGGUUAUUUUAAUCUUAAUAAUAAAGUAUAUUUUAAGCGUUACCUAAACAAGUGAUAAAUAUUAAUGAAAAUUAGCCUGCAGUACCAACUCAAAUGCUUAUAAUAGAAGAUUCACAACUAAUUAUAUUUAUCAGUAAAGAAAACUAUAUUGGGCUUUUUGAUGAGAAGAAUGAUAAGAUGAAAGUCAUUAACACUUCUGAAUAAGUUUAGUCAAUCUUGAUAUUUGAUAAUUAGUAAUAUUUAUUAGCAGCAAUGAUCACAUAUACAUCAAUUUAUCAAAUUCAGUUAGAUAUAAAUAAUGAUUACUUUCUUGCUGAAAGGUAGACAUUAAGUUUAGAUCUUAAAGUAAUUUGCAUGCUAUACCUUCCUAUUGCAAAUUAUAUCUUUAUUUUAAGCUAAAAUGGAGUAGUAACAAUAUAUUAGUAUAUAGGAAAUGGUAAUAUAUAUAAAAAAAAUAAAUUCUAAUAUGAUAGAUUUAGUUUUUUAUAUGCAUAAGUAACUCAAGAUGAGAGAUUUAUAUUUUGUAGCUUAUCACUAAAAGAUAUAGUUAUAUUUUAAAUAGAAAAGAAUGUCAAAACUGAUGGCAUUGUAGAAAUUUCAAAUCUAACCUAUUUAAUUAGUAUUUAUAGUGACUAUUGGAUUGUUUAGCUCAUUUUUCUCAACAAUUUUAUAUAUUACAUUGAUUCAUGGUAAGGUCUCUAUUUUGCAGAUUUAUUACCUUUUUUUUAGAAUCCACAGUCUGUUAAAAAUAUUAAACCUACUAAAUUCGGAUUAGGAAGUACCAACUUAAGCCCAACUACUUAUUGUAUGGUUAUUUCGAGUGAUUAAAAAUAUCUUUACUUAGGUGUAAGAUCUUAAGGUAUUUUAAUUUAUGACAUUUCAAACAUUUCAAAUCCUAUUUGGUAUUAUUAGCUCUUUGCUUAAGGUCAAGCUUAUUAUUUACUUAUUUCUAAUAAAGGAUAAGCUCUUUAUUACUCUAAUUCUAAUGGUUUGUAUCAAUACUAAUAAACUGAGUUAUCUUUCACAAAUAAAACACCCAAUAUGUAUAAUUCUCAUAAGUCAAAAAAUUUGUUUGAAGGACCUCCAUUUUACAAAUGGAGAUGCUAAAUAUUAAAAAAGUCAAAUACUUUAUUUGUUUCUUUUGAUGUAGACUAUAUUUAGAGAUUCUAAAUUAUUAAAAAUAACCAACUAAAAGGAGAUAUUAAUUUAUAAUAGAUAGACAUCCUUCCAUACGCAAAAGACGCGACAACUUCUACACCUUAUAUUGAAAAUGUAUGCAUUGAUAAAAAUGAAGAUUAUUUGUACAUUCCUGUAACUGAUUAAACUAACAUUAUUUUGAAAUAUUAAAUUCCAAGUUCUAUUAAUUCAUCUGCCCCUUUGUAAUACAAACAGUCUUUACAAUACAGUAAUGUUUAGUAUGCUGAAUCCUUAAAAUUAAGCUAAGAUAAUAGAUAUAUGGUAGUAGCUUAUUCAGUAGGAGUGAUGAUCGUAGAUAUUGAAAAGUUUGAAGUGCUCUCUCUUUUAAGUAUUUAAGAUAUGUAAAUUAAUUGCUAUGGAGCAGAAUUUACUAGAGAUACAAAUUAUAUAUUUGCUACUGCUAGAAACAUAGGGGUAUGGAUUAUAAAUGCUAAGGAUAAAUAAAAUCCAUUUGUUAUUUAAGCACUAAAUACAAAAGCCGCAGAAACUGUAAAAACUUCUAACUUAUAUGAUAUAAUGUAUUGCUUAGAUGGAUUUAAUGGAUUACUUAUAUUUGAUACUUCAGCUCUUCCUAACGUUGUAAUACUAAGUAAUCUUAAAUUAUAAGGCUGGGUUAAUCAUAUUACUUUAUUGAGUGAUGAAAAUUUUGGGAUAAUAUCAACUAUGGAUGCAGGAAUGCUAUCUCUCGUUAAUUUAAAAGAUAAAAGCAAUCCAAUUCUAAUAUCUUCAUAUUAGAUAGGUUAAUAAAAUUCCUAAUCUACUUGCGUCGACCCCAGCAUGUAAUACUUAAUUAUAUUGAAUUCAUAAAGUAUCAGAUAUUUUCCUCUUGACAGCGAUGUUCUUAUUCAUCAUGAGUUCUCAAUUAAAUAGUUUGACUAAAAUUCUAAAGGAAGGGUAGUUUUAAGCUAAGAAGAUUUCUUGCUGGUUGGAUAGACAUAUGAACUUAGAUUAAUCCCACUAUACCAAUAACCAAAUUAAUUAAUAAAUAAUAUAUUUAUAUAUUAAAACGAACAAAAGCAAGCUAUACCUAGUUGGAUUAAUUAAAUAAACAAACUUUAUUUAGAAAUGACUAUCCCAAAAGAAGCUGUUAGUAUUUCAAAUAAUUCUAUUAUUACUUUGCUUGUCCAAACCCAGUUUUCUUUGAAUAAUUCUUCUUUUAUUUAAAAUUUAACAUCUUUUGUAGUAUCUCCUAGUCUUAGUAGUAAGAUUUACUAGUAUUUAAAAACUUGUGGUUUCAUUAAUAGUUAAGAUUUAGUAACGGAUUUGUAUAAUCCAGAAGUCACACUUAAUUUUAAUGAUUUCGGAAAUGAUUUAACUGACCCUAAUUAGUAAAUUCAAGUACUAAAAAUGGCAAGAAAUAUUCUAUAAAAUAGUAUAGAUUAUAGUCCUAUUUAAUUUAAAGUUUAGAGCUCUCUAAAUUAUAUUUUAGAUUAAAAAAAGAAUUCCUUCUAAGUCCAUUCAUUUUCUAACUAAUUAAGCAUUUAAUUUUCAUUCAGCCCUACUUCUUCUUUAAUUUUUGUUUAAAAAGAAUAUCCGAAUGUAAUUUCUUAUCGUGAUGAUUAAAAUACCACUUUGAAUAUUUAAUCAUCUGUAGAGAGUAUUAACAAUAUUUUAAGAGGCAUUAUUUUAUAUCACAUAAUUCAAAGCUAAAAUAAUAAUAAUAAUAAUAUUAAUAAUCAGUAUUAAGUUAAUUUACUUAUUUAAGAUGGUAUAAAUUCUAAUAUUAAUGGUAAAUUUAAUGUGAGCGAUUUAAGUUUUCUUAAAUAAAAAUAAAAUAUUAAAUAGUUAAAAGAAUUACAAUCUUAAAUUGAAAAAAUAUAUAGUGAUAGCACAUUUGCUAUAGAAUCCACAUUUAUUAUUUAAUUUGAUCGCAAUACCUUCAUAGAUCCUGAUGGAAUCCCUCUUUCUUACUCAUUAUUAAUAUAUAUAAAUAAUAAUUAUUCAUCAAUUCACCCUGAAUAUUUUCUUAAGUUUGAUGAAUAAAAUCUGAGAAUGACAGGUACUCCAUCAGAAUCUAAUCUCUUUGAAAUAAUACGCCUUAGAUUAGUUGUUUCAAAUGGUUACAACUAAUUAUCAUCAGACUUUUACAUCAAAAUUUAUAAUAUUUCUUUCACCUACUUAUUAAAUUUAUUGCUAAAAUAUAUUGGACCAGUUGCAUUUAUUUUAGGAAUUUAUAAGUAUAAAAGUUAUUUUAUCAAUAUAAAAUUUAAAAAUAAAACAUUAUACAGCUAAGAGUUAGCAUAUAUUAAUAAGUUAUACAGAAAAAAGAUUACUUUAAUUGAAAAUGAGCUGGUUGUGGCAUAAGCGUUUUUGAAAGAAUUUUAGAGCAAAAAUAGAUUCAAAAAGAAGAAAAUUAAAAUACAAAAAGAUUUCUUUGGAAAUUAAUGCGAUAUUGGUUCGUUAGAAUAGAUUAAUACAGUGAAUUCUAAAUUUAGACCUUCUUUUUUUAGUAACAAUUAGUUAUUUAAUUCAUUUAUAGAAUUAAAUUCUACAUAAAAAGAUUUUUAGUAAAAAAAAAAUAAUUCUUCAUUGAUUUUCUAAAUUUCAUAAAAAUUAAAAGGAAAAAACAAUAACUUAUUUAAAAAUAUUUCCAAAAAUAAAACAAAUAAAAAGAAGAAAGAAUUAAGAAAAAAUAAAAUAAAUACAAACUAAAAAGUGCAAAAACAAUAUUUUAAAAAUUUAACUCUACUUUUUUCAAUAAAAAACUAAUUUACAAAUAAAGAUAAAAAAAACCUAAGUGAACAUGAAAAAAAAAGAAUUUAAACUGUAAAGAAUAGUCUAUAGAAGGCUAAAAUAAAUAAUUUUUGUGAUUAAGAUUAAAUAUUUAAUCUGUGCUACUCUCACCCUCAAAUAGUUAAUAAUCUCCUUUCAUCAACAAGCUUAACCGAUAAUUUACAAUAUUAUAAUCAAAUUAAAUUAUUUAACAUCAAGAUAAGUGCUGAUAAAUUAUUUUCUAAUAUGAUUUAGAAUGACUUAAAAAUAAAGUAUAAAGGAAAUUACUUGAGAAUAGCUGAUUAUACGAUAGAAUACUACAAUAAUCAUAGCAGAUUUAAUUAUUGUUUAAAUGCUUAGGUGGUAGAUUAUCUUCUUUAACUAGACAUAAGAACAAAUAUUGUUUACUCUUACUUAAAGGAAUACUCAAAAAAAUAAAAGAAUGUAACAGAAAAUGAUUGGUACAAAGCUUUCGUUCAAAUUGAAUCAUCAGAUGAGAUAGAUUGUACUGGAACAGUAAUACCUUUUCCAAAUGUUAGUGUAAAUGAAAGUAGUAUCUUGAAUUGCUUGAGCAAUCUUGAUUUAUAUAACAAUGUGGACUAACCGUUUGGCGAAAUUUGGUAGCAUGGUGUUAGCCCAGUUCUCCUUAAAUAAGCCCUUAUAUUUGAGUCUCUUGGAUUAUUAAAUAACAAUUCAAAUAACAGUAUCAUUAAUAAGUCAAAAGGUGAGUCAAUUUUCAUUCUUCAACAUCAAAUAUUAUCUGUUGAAGCAUUUUAAUUGAAGAAAUAGAAUAAAUUAAAUUUCUUUUAAAAAAUGUUAAACUUAAACUAUGAAAAAUUACCUAUUUCUAAAUACUAAUAUUUACCUAACUGGAUUUAACUUGAUUGCAAGAGUGGGAUUAUAAUUCUAGAAGGAAUCCCUACUUCUUCAGAUCAUGAAGAAAUCUUGAUUAGGAUUUAUAAUCUUAAAAACUAUAUAAUCAGGUAAUUUAAGCUUAAAAUCCUUAGCGAGCAGCCUUAAGAACUGAAGAUAGGAUAAAAUAUACCAUUAUUUUAAGCUUAAAAUAGAACAGAAAUUACAAAAGAAACUCCUAUUAUACAAGAUAAGUUUUCCAUAGUUAAUAAUUAAGUAGAUUGUAUUUUCUGUAAUAGUAAAAAAAGCAAAAUUAUGUUAAACACAAAUCCAUAAAAAUAAUAAGAAUUUUAACUAUCAAAAUAAAUAAUUUUUGGAACUUCAUUCAAGUAAAAAGAAUCAAUUUUUAAUAAUCCUAUAGAUCCCUAUAUUUAAAAAAAUUAACCUCAUUAAGAUGCUUGUCUUGAAGUAAAUGAAUUCAAAAAAUUAUAUUAAUAGUAAUAAACAUUAAAUCCAAGGACUAAAAUAAAUAAAUAAAUUCAUUUGAAAAACUAAGUUAAAUCUUAUAAAAAAACUAAAAAAUAAAAAAUAAAAUCAAAAUAAUUAAUUAGACAACCGAAGUAUAAAAUUUAAACAGAUUAAGAUUCAUUUGAAUCAUUAGACAUUAAUUUGAUUGAAUAAAAUAACAUGUUUAGUGAAAAUAAAAUUAGCCUAGAAUUAAAUAAAACAUAAUAGUUUGCAAAUCCUUUAUUUGGAUUAAAAUAAUAAUAAUGAAAUUAUUUUGGCUGAAAUUUUUUUUGAUUUAUUUGUUAAACAUAUCUUGAAAAAUAUAUUAUACAAAAU